AUGGCGGACACUGGCCUGAGGGGCUGGCUGCUAUGGGCACUGCUCCUGCAUGUGGCCCAGAGUGAGCUGUACACACCCAUCCACCAGCCUGGCUACUGCGCUUUCUACGACGAGUGUGGGAAGAACCCAGAGCUGUCUGGGGGACUGGCGCCUCUGUCUAAUGUGUCCUGCCUGUCCAACACGCCCGCCCCCCGUGUCACUGGUGAGCACCUGACCCUCCUACAGCGCAUCUGCCCCCGCCUCUACACGGGCACCACCACCUAUGCCUGCUGCUCCCCCAAGCAGCUGCUGUCCCUGGAGACGAGCCUGGCGGUCACCAAGGCCCUCCUCACCCGCUGCCCCACCUGCUCCGACAACUUUGUGAACCUGCACUGCCAAAACACCUGCAGCCCCAACCAAAGUCUCUUCAUCAACGUGACCCGCGUGGCUGGGGGCGGGGGUGGCCGGCCCCAGGCUGUGGUGGCCUAUGAGGCCUUCUACCAGGACACCUUUGCCCAGCAGACCUACGACUCUUGCAGCCGGGUGCGCAUCCCUGCGGCUGCCACGCUGGCCGUGGGCACCAUGUGUGGCGUUUAUGGCUCCACCCUCUGCAAUGCUCAGCGCUGGCUCAAUUUCCAGGGGGACACUUCGAAUGGCCUGGCUCCCCUAGACAUCACCUUCCACCUGAUGGAGCCCGGCCAGGCCCUAGGGAGUGGGAUGCAGGCUCUGACCGGGGAGAUCAGGCCCUGCAACGAGUCCCAGGGCAAUGGCACGGUGGCCUGCUCCUGCCAGGACUGUGCUGCGUCCUGCCCCACCAUCCCCCAGCCCCAGGCACUGGACUCCACCUUCUACCUGGGCGGGCUGGAAGGUGGGCUGGCCCUUGUCAUCAUCCUCUGCUCUGCUUUUGCCCUGCUUACCACCUUCCUGGUGGGUACCCGCCUGGCCUCCUCCUGUGGCAAGGACAAGACGCCAGACCCCAAGGCAGGCAUGAGCCUGUCUGACAAACUCAGCCUCUCCACCAACGUCAUCCUUAGCCAGUGCUUCCAGAACUGGGGCACAUGGGUGGCCUCAUGGCCGCUGACCAUCCUGUUGGUGUCCAUCGCCGUGGUAUUGGCCUUGUCAGGAGGCCUGGCCUUUGUGGAACUGACCACGGACCCAGUGGAGCUGUGGUCGGCCCCCAGCAGCCAAGCCCGGAGCGAGAAGGCUUUCCACGACCAGCAUUUUGGCCCCUUCCUCCGAACCAACCAGGUGAUCUUGACGGCUCCCAACCGGCCCAGCUACCACUACGACUCCCUGCUCCUGGGGCCCAAGAACUUCAGUGGGGUCCUGGCCUCUGACCUCCUGCUGGAGCUGCUGGAGCUACAGGAGACGCUGCGGCACCUCCAGGUGUGGUCGCCCGAGGAGCAGCGCCACAUCUCGCUGCAGGACAUCUGCUUCGCGCCCCUCAACCCUCACAAUGCCAGCCUCUCCGACUGCUGCAUCAACAGCCUCCUGCAGUAUUUCCAGAGCAACCGCACGCACCUGCUGCUCACGGCCAACCAGACGCUGACGGGCCAGACCUCCCAGGUGGACUGGAGGGACCACUUUCUCUACUGUGCUAACGCCCCACUCACCUUCAAGGAUGGCACAGCCCUAGCCCUGAGCUGCAUGGCUGACUAUGGGGGCCCUGUCUUCCCCUUCCUUGCCGUGGGUGGCUACAAAGGGAAGGACUACUCUGAGGCGGAGGCCCUGAUUAUGACCUUCUCCCUCAACAACUAUGCCCCUGGGGACCCCCGGCUGGCCCAGGCUAAGCUCUGGGAGGCAGCCUUCUUGGAGGAGAUGAAAGCCUUCCAGCGGCGGACAGCUGGCACUUUCCAGGUCACAUUCAUGGCUGAGCGCUCCCUGGAGGACGAGAUUAACCGCACGACGGCGGAGGACCUCCCCAUCUUCGGAGUCAGCUACAUCAUCAUCUUCCUGUACAUCUCCCUGGCGCUGGGCAGCUACUCCAGCUGGCGCCGGGUGCCGGUGGACUCCAAGGUCACGCUGGGCCUGGGCGGGGUGGCGGUGGUGCUGGGAGCAGUGACAGCGGCCAUGGGCUUCUUCUCCUACCUCGGCGUGCCGUCCUCCCUGGUGAUCCUUCAGGUGGUGCCUUUCCUGGUGUUGGCCGUGGGCGCUGACAACAUCUUCAUCUUUGUUCUGGAGUACCAGAGGCUGCCCCGGAGGCCGGGAGAGCCGCGGGAGGCCCACAUCGGCCGAGCGCUGGGCAGUGUGGCCCCUAGCAUGUUGCUCUGCAGCCUGUCUGAGGCCAUCUGCUUCUUUCUAGGGGCCCUGACCCCUAUGCCCGCUGUGAAGACCUUUGCCCUGAUCUCGGGCUUUGCCAUCGUCCUGGACUUCUUGCUGCAGGUGUCAGCCUUUGUGGCUCUGCUUUCUCUGGACAGCAGGAGGCAGGAGGCCUCCCGCUUGGACGUCUGCUGCUGCGUGAGCGCCCCGAAGCUGCCUGCACCCGGCCAGAGCGAGGGACUCCUGCUUCGAGUCUUCCGCAAGUUCUACGUCCCAGUCCUGCUGCACCGGGUGACACGGGCGGUGGUGCUGCUGCUGUUCACCGGCCUCUUCGGGGUGGGGCUCUACUUCAUGUGCCACAUCCGCGUGGGAUUGGAUCAGGAGCUGGCCCUGCCCAAGGACUCAUACCUGCUGGACUAUUUCUUCUUCCUGAACCGCUACUUUGAGGUGGGGGCUCCCGUCUACUUUGUCACCACGGGAGGCUACAACUUCUCCAGCGAGGCGGGCAUGAAUGCUGUGUGCUCCAGUGCCGGGUGCGACAGUUACUCCUUAACCCAGAAGAUCCAGUACGCCACCGAGUUCCCCGAGGAGUCUUACCUGGCCAUCCCUGCCUCCUCCUGGGUGGAUGACUUCAUCGACUGGCUGACCCCGUCCUCCUGCUGCCGCCUUUAUGCCUUUGGUGCUAAUAAGGACAAAUUCUGCCCUUCGACUGUCAACUCCCUAGCCUGCUUGAAGAACUGCGUGAACUUCACACUGGGCCCUGUCCGGCCAUCCGUGGACCAGUUCCACAAGUACCUUCCCUGGUUCCUGAGUGACCCGCCCAACAUCAAGUGUCCCAAAGGUGGGCUGGCAGCGUACAACACCUCCGUGCAUUUGGGAUCUGAUGGCCAGGUUUUAGCCUCCCGGUUCAUGGCCUACCACAAGCCGCUGCGGAACUCGGAGGAUUACACUGAGGCCCUGCGGGUGUCACGGGCGCUGGCGGCCAACAUCACGGCCCAGCUGCGGCAGGUGCCAGGCACCGACCCGGCCUUCGAGGUCUUCCCCUACACGAUCACCAACGUGUUCUACGAGCAGUACCUGAGCGUGGUCCCCGAGGGCCUCUUCAUGCUCGCCAUCUGCCUGCUGCCCACCUUCGUAGUCUGCUGCCUGCUGCUGGGCAUGGACCUACGCUCCGGCCUCCUCAACCUGUUCUCCAUCGUCAUGAUCCUCGUGGACACCGUGGGCUUCAUGGCCCUGUGGGGCAUCAGUUACAAUGCCGUGUCGCUCAUCAACCUGGUCACGGCGGUGGGCAUCUCCGUGGAGUUUGUGUCCCACAUCACCCGCUCCUUUGCAGUCAGCACCCGGCCCACCCGGCUGGAGAGGGCCAAGGAGGCCACCAUCUCCAUGGGCAGCGCGGUGUUUGCUGGCGUGGCCAUGACCAACCUGCCGGGCAUCCUCGUCCUGGGCCUGGCCAAGGCGCAGCUCAUCCAGAUCUUCUUCUUCCGCCUCAACCUCCUCAUCACCGUGCUGGGUCUGCUGCAUGGCCUGGUCUUCCUGCCAGUGGUCCUCAGCUACCUCGGGCCUGAUAUCAAUGCAGCUCUCGUGCUGGACCAGAAGAAGACAGAAGAGGCCAUCGGGGCCCCUGCCCACCUGGUCCCAACAUCCACGGCCAGCAGCACCUAUGUCAACUACGGCUUCCAACAUCCCGCCAACGGUGUAGUGGGCGACAGUUCUCUGCCCCGCAGUGGACCGGACCUCUGA